AUGGGCGAAGGCUGGGUUCUAUCACAAUAUUCUGAUCUUCCGUACGACCUCCACAGACUCCACGCCGCCGCGGCGCCACCCGCCCGCCGCCGCCCUCUCCACGCUGGCUCCGGCGGCUGCGGAGGCGCCGUCCGUCUCCGGCCGGGGGACCCCCACCGCCGGCGUGAUCUGCGCCUCGAUUCCCUCCACAACGCGGCGUAGCGAGCGGAGGGCGUCGCAGUCGGAGCGCCGACGGUGGCUGCGCCGCCUCCUCUCCGCCCCCGCCGCCGCCUGCGGCGUCCCCUGGAGCGACCGCUCGACCAGCCGGCCAAGCCCCUCCCUGUCGUCGGCCCCCAGCGCCGCCGUCAUUGCCAGAAUCGCCGCCGGCAUCAAGCUGAUCACCGCCGGCGAAGCGGCGGCGGCGCCGCCCCAUCGAGACCACGGAUAGAUUUUGCUCCCCAUCUAUCUGCCUGCACACAUCGUCUCCCUCCCGGGCCUUUUUGAUCAUCCAACAUUCAUCGUAUUUGGACGCGAAAACGACUUACAUCCGUACCCCUACUUUUCAAUGGGCAUAACAGUUACACCCUGACAUUCACAGUAUUUAAUGUACAGGAAAGAACAGGGGUAUGAUCCUCAAGGCCAGGAACGCCUGUGGGCAUUAUUAUAGGGGUCGGAGACAAAAAAAUAAUAAUUUGUAGAGCUGGAUGCAAUUAUUGAGGCGGUAUAUACGCAGGAUAUGCCCAUUCGAUCUAUGAGGCACCACCAUGAAGGCGUGAAAUGAUCGGGAUGGACGCCCAGGAUUGAGCCCCAAUAAAAACAUGGGCCAAGCACAAAGCCCAAAACGGCCCAAUAUUUCAGUUAUCAGGCCCAACAUCAGAAUUUAGUUCGUUUCUGACAGGAAUGAGUUCUCAACGAAUCCAGAUGACAGAGGAAAGUCAACUCAAGAGGACAAUAAGAACAAGCAGCAACGGCGAGCAGGGUCUUACCUCGAAUCUCUGGGCGAUGGGGAAGCUCUAGACCGUACGAUCUCUUCAAUAUGUCCAGGCGAGAGGACGGCGCCGCCAUCAAAGCUGGAGCCCUCCAUCUGCCGGCGGAGCUGCAGAUGUCAACAGUCAACGGUCAACUAGGCCGUUGGAGAAGAGAUGGGCUGGAUGGGUCCCAAGAAGCCAUUGAAGGACAGACGCAAGAACCCAGAUGAACACAGAGGAAAUGGAAGCACUGACCGUUUCAAGAAUCACGGACUGGUCGUCUGGAUGGAAUCUACGCAUGUACUUGAGCAUCUCCAAUUGCUGCGUAGGAUUUCACUUUCCACAUAAGGAAAUCUUCUCGAUAUUAAUAAAUAAAUAUAUAUACUAUAAUACAUACAAAUUUUAUAUAAAUACAUACAUAAAUGAGCAGAGAUUAAAGUCUGAGGAGGCAGAAGGGAUACCUGCUCAUGCAGUCUGUGGUGAGAGAGCAUCUUCUCUGAGAACUCAUCGGGAUCGAGCUCUGCUUCAUCGCAUGCCAGCUCCUCCCUGAAGGAUUCACCAAACUAAGCAAAUGAGCCCCAACAUCGGGGGAAUUAGAAAAGGGAGGAGAAGUGAGAAGACUUCCGGAUUUGGCAAAAGAUCAGAAGAAAUAUGCAUCCUUGGGUGCGUCGGCAUCAUACUAUUAUUUUAGAGUAUCAUAAACAAUGCCGAAUAAUCAACCAGGGACGAGUAUCAUUUUCUUCUCUACAAAGAAAAUAUUUCGAAUACUAUAUAAAAAAAAAAAGAGCGUAUGUAUCGUAUAACAAAUCGUAAAACGUAAAUUAAAAAAAUUAAAAAAAAUUGUUGAUGGCGGCGAUGGAGAGAACCCACUAUUUCUUGUAUUUUAGGAUCCUGUAAAGAUGUUAUACGAGUUAUUUUCAAGCUAUAUUUUAAUUUAUAGUUCCUUUUUUUAGGAAGCAGCGACCACAUUUUUGGGGAUUAUUUUGCUUGCAGCGCAAAAGAUUAAAGUCAUGUUAUUUAUAAAAAUCGUCUGGCUAAAAGAUUUGUAUAAAACAAGACGAUUUUCCUAAGGUUAAGGCAGAGGCAGAGGAAAAAUGAUAGGUCAAAUAAAAAUGAAAGAGGUGGCAUUGACUUCAAUGGUCUUACCACUCUCAACUUAUCAGGGAUUAAGGAAAUUAGUGAGGCGACGUUGACUUUAAUGAUCUUACUACUCAAGAUAAAAAGAUGGAAAAAAUAGGUCCAUCGACUUAAGAAUCAGUUUUCAUUAUCAAAAGAUGACAUUUGGCGGUGAUAAAUGAGAAAGACAACCAGUUUCAAAUUGGUACAGAAGCAGGACAGAGUCAAAAUCCCACCAUCUCAUUGAGGCACAGUUGCACUGUUAAUUUAGAAAGAAAAGAAAGAUCGUUUACUGAAUAAACAAAUACCUCCAAUGUUCUUGGCGUCUGAGGCAUUGACUUUUAGUUUAGUUUUCAUCAAGCCCUUUUAGAUUGGUAUUUUUUGAGGAAAUGGUCGUCAAUGAUCACACCAAACCUUCUACGUUAAAUUUACUUCAUUUGUGGACUGUCACCUGGAUUGGAAUUCCCCCCAAGACUCUACCAGAAGCCUAAAUCAGGUCAGCUUCAUAAGUCAGAUUUAUGCCCUCUCUACGUACUGGCAACUACGUUGGAAAAGUGUGCCACUUUCCAUUUAGGAGGAAAAACAAAUGCCUAUUUUCGGAGAUAACCAAAGAAAAAUUUAUUCAAGAGUUAAAUCGCUGUAAUUAUCCACAUCCAUAGAAAUGAGAAUGAAAUAUUUCUUUCACGGGAUCACAAAAAAUCUUAGAGAGAACUUACCUGGCAGUUCAUCAUGCUCAUGGUCAAAAUUCAUGAAAAUAAUGAAUAAAUACAAAAACAUAAAAUAGACACAUGCAUUUUUUGAAAUUUUAAGUCGCUGAUAGAGAAUGGAAACCAUGCAUUUCUUAAUUCCCAAGACAGAAGGAACUACAAAGAAGCAAUCUCCUCGAAAAACUUCAAACGUUUGGAUGAAUUAUUUUGAUUGCAGAAACCGCCACAGGCAUUAGAAGGAAACUAUAACAAAGAAGGAAUAUAAAGAACAGAAGUAUAGAGUUAAAAAUACAUACUUGGCAAUAAAUCGAUAGAACUGAAUCAUCAGGUCCCUAUCAUUCUCGUAGACUGCAUUAACUUUUCCUAAGCAAGCAAUACCGAACCUAGGAUCUGCAGUUCAGCAGUAGAUGAGUCUCAGAUUCCAAGAAAGUAGUGCAAUCAAUAGCGCCAGACCAUACAUCAAGAGAACGCAUUACAGACCUAAAAGUAUCAUUUUCCGUCAUAUUCUGAUAGACUAAGUGCAGAAGAGGCAUAUUCCUGCCAAAGGAUAUUCUCUGAGAGAGAAAUUAAACGUUGGCAAAUGCAAACGUUUAACCGAUAAUCACAUGGUAGUUAAGCACAGGUCGAGCUUCCCAUUUCUCUUCUUCUUCACUAGAAACUCAAUUCAAACAAAUCCACCACUCCCGAUAAAAGGAGAGAAAAAACAGUCAUGGAACUCAUGACCAGGGAGAGGCCAAGAUAAAUCAAGGUAACUCAGAAGACCUUCCAAAACGUGGACACCCUGGGCUUCCAUCAAUAGAUUCCCGUUGCUACUCCCUACCUGAAGCAUCAUGCUAAACCUGAGAUGAACUAUUUAUUCCUCACGAGUAAAAUUUCCACAGAUGCGGGCAUACAAAGAUUUUAAAGACAACUGUAUCCACAACUUUUUGUUCAACUGGCACAUAUGUUGUUUUUCUUGCAAUGCCUUGAGAAUUAUGACGCUUAAACGGGUAGUGCCUGAAUAAUCACAGAAGGGGGAUCCAAAUUAUUCUCAUUGACGUGUAAUAAAGUUCAAUGAACAUUGAUGAUGGGUAUUUACAAGCUGAAUCGUAAAUAAAAUAUAUGUGGGUUCACUAUGAUGUUUCUGUAUUAAAACAUAUUUAAAAUGAUGACCAACAUUCAGGUAUAAGGAGUAUUAACAUUUCUAAAAAACUUCAUUUUAAUAUUGAUUCCAAUAAAAGCUGAUCUAGAGAGACUUCUGAGAGAUCAAUUAAAUGUCCUUUAUAUUCUAUUCACUUGAAAAACGGACGACCUUGUGGCAGUGUAAUUGUCCUUCACUUACUACUCUGUGGACUUAGUAGAUUAAAGGCUAUAGCUUUCUAGCAAAAUGAACAAGGAAAAGGCUUUCACUAUGGCAUUAUCAUGGAAACUGUCAUCAAAAUAAAUUUCGUGAACAUGUUUCUGAUGGAUCCAAAUAGAAGUGGAUUCCCAAAGACUAUGUAAGAUACUGUUUCAAUGUAGAUUCACCAAGCAAGAAAAACAAUAUCUUAGAUUCUAGCUUGACUCGAUAGCAGUGAAUGUGGACUUGGCAAUGAUUUCUACACCCUUGUUCAUUUUUCCAUUCUUAGAUUCCUAAAGGGAUGAAUGACUAGACUUCACAUUUAAUGCGCAAACCCUUCACAGGACCAUCAUUUCUCGAAAAAUAUUCCUCGUUUAAUCCAGGUCCACACAAUCUUAAUGAGAAUGAAGGCCGAACUAAACUUCUAAACUUUGCAAUCUUGGAAAAAUCUCACGAAUGGUUGAGAGCAUUCUGUCUUAAAAGAAUUGCACAAAACCUUACGAACCGUCAUGAAUCUGCUCGGGUUAGUUCACAGAAACAGCACAUUAUGGCAUGAGUCACAUGCAAGUCAGACAAAUAUGGUGCACAUCAAAACCUAUGGUACGAGCCAUAUAAGGCCCGGGGUUGAACUGAUCAAGAAAUCCUUGCGCAAAUCAAGACUGAGUAAGCAGACCUUGGUUUUAACUGUCAUAGGCGUGAAAUUUCAGAGGUUCAUAACGAAAGUUCCAGAGUUCAGGUAGUUUCGAACGGAAUUUUCUGCAUGAAAGAAAUGAAGCACCAACCGGAGGAAUACAAAUAGAAAUCACAUUUAACACUGUGGCCUACCGAUUCCCAUUUCCGUAAAUAUUUCCUCUUGGAUGGUGGUAGUCACAGCAACUGCCUCCUGCGCACAGGAAAGUUCAAUUGAUUACCUCUCCUAGUGUGAGAUUGCAUCUCCUGGUAAUUAUAGCAAAGUGGAACUCUGUUUCAUUUCAUUUCUUCUCCCAUAUGUGACUUCUUAAGAGUUUAGCCUUUGAGGAUGAGGUUACACCCAAAAUAAAUUGUCCAUUUCCCUGAAUUAUUAGAAUACGAUAAUUAAACAUACAGCUGACAAAGGAUAGGGAUAUUCCCAGAAUGGAAUCGCGUCGUGCCAUUCAACCGUAAGCCGAGGAGGAAAAACUCCGCAUAACGAUACGAAAUUUUGAAUAGCGUCGACAUAUUCGCACACAGAAGCAAGUAAAAUAAUCGAGCUCACGAUGGCCACUUCCGUUUGUCCUCGGUCCCUAGAGAUAUUGCACGGCAAUACCAGAGUGCCAAAAGAGUAGCCUUAACCACAAAGAGUGAUUAGGCAUUGCGUCAGAUCUUGGGCAGGAAUACAACCGAUCAGACAUUCAAGGAUCUUUUCCGAGUAUUCUACCUGAUUGUCAUUCACAGCUUGCUUGAUCCGCCUCUUUACAUCUGAAACAAACAAGGCAGGUCUUCACCGUGAUGGUAAAAGGAACAGUGGGACGCUUCGGAGAGGCUGAAGAAGUGAGCGCGAGACUCACCCGCCUGAGAAGUAAGAAAGGCGAAGCGGUCAAAGAGGUGGAUGAGCUGGUCCCUCGACAGCAUCCCCGAUUCCUGCAGCGAGAACGAAGCAGAGACGCUCGACGUUGAGACCUCCAACCAGAGGAGCCCGAACGGAUGAAGGAGGCCACAAAAAAAAAAAAGACGACCUCCUAAAAGGCAUUUUAUAAUUACAUAUAUACCAAGUUUUAAUUAAAAUAGUACAAAUGCCCAUGGGAACCAAUUUCUGAUCCCAAAGCCCACAAACUGAGGCUUUCGUAUUUUAUCAUUAUUUAUAUACCCAGAUGCAACUAAAAUAGUAAAAAUGCCCCUGUAGACAAAUUGCUCAAUCCACGCUUCCGUGCCCUCUUCCUCCGGGGCCGAGAGCGGAUGAACAGAGCCUCAAUAAAAAGAAGACAUAACGACCGCAUAAAAGGCAUUUUAUAAUUAUUUAUAUACCCAAAUACAAGGAAAAUAGUAAAAAGAUACUGGGAAACAUUGCUCUCAAACCGGGCCUUCUGUAUACCAAUUUAUUUAGGCAACGCUGACCAAGAGGGCUGACCCUUAGGGGUUUAACCGUUAAAAGUCAGCAAAAAUCCAUAAAUAUCAGAAUAUAUUACAGUUUAUUAGAAGAAGAAAAUUAAAAAAAGAGGAAGCGUGCAGAGGAAGGAGUACCCGGGGUAAGAUGGGGGUGGGGGGGGGGGGGAUUCAGAAGUCUUCGUCGAGCUUGAAGACGUGGAGGCCGCCGUCGCCGCCGUUGAGACUGGACAUGACGGAGGCCUUCUGGUACUCGCCAACGCGUUUCUCGAAGAAGUUGGUCUUGCCCUGGAGGGAGAUGAGCUCCAUCCAGUCGAAGGGGUUAGCGGCGUGGUAGAUCUUGGGGUGCCCGAGGGCGAGAAGGAGGCGGUCGGCGACGAACUCGAUGUACUGCGCCAUGAGGGCCUGGUUCAUGCCGACGAGGGCGCAGGGGAGGGCGUCGCAGACGAAGUCCCGCUCGAUGGCGACGGCGUCGGCGACGAUGGAGCGGAGGCGUUCGUCGGGGAGCCUGACGCGGAGGAGGGAGUAGAGGAGGCAGGCGAAAUCGCAGUGGAGGCCCUCGUCGCGGGAGAUGAGCUCGUUGGAGAAGGUGAGGCCGGGCAUGAGGCCGCGCUUCUUGAGCCAGAAGAUGGCGCAGAAGCUGCCGGAGAAGAAGAUGCCCUCGACGCAGGCGAAGGCGACGAGGCGCUCGGCGAAGGAAUCGGAGGAGUCGAUCCAGCGGAGGGCCCAGUCGGCCUUGCGGGCCACGCACGGGAUGGUAUCCACGGCGCGGAAGAGGCGCGAUUUGGCGUCCGAGUCCUUGAUGUAGGUCUCCAGGAGGAGGCUGUACAUCUCGGAGUGGAUGUUCUCGAUGGCGAUCUGGAAGCCGUAGAAGGCGCGGGCUUCGGCGACCUGGACCUCCUUCAUGAAGCGGCCGGCCAGGUUCUCGAGGACGAUGCCGUCGGAGGCCGCGAAGAAGGCGAGGACGUGGGUGAUGAAGUGGCGCUCGUCGUCAGUGAGGUCGUGAUCCCAGUGCCGCAUGUCGUGGGAGAGGUCUACCUCCUCCGCCGUCCAGAAGGACGCCUCCGCCUUCUUGUACAUCUCCCAGAUCUGCGGGUACUUGAUCGGGAACAUGCAGAACCGGUCGGGGUUCGGCGCCAGCAGGGGCUCCUCUGGCAUCGAUGGCAUCUUCGCUCGCUCUGGAAGGAGAUGGAUCGAUAGAGGUGCUGUGGAGAGAGAGAGAGAGAGGGAAGGGGGUCGUUUGGAUGGAUACUACUUUCAGGGGAAGGGGAUGGGGGGAUUUAUAGCAGAGAGAAAAGGGGGCCGAGAUAGACGUAGCUUCCAGGAGAAGGAUGGGGGGAUUUAUAGCGUGGGAGGGAGGAUUUUGAUUUUUUUUGACUUCCCACCAGUUUUCCUGCUGCGGCCAAAUCUUCCCGGGGGGCGGAGGGAGGGGAUUCUCAGUAAGUCGAAUUUUAAACUUUGGCGGGAGCGGCGGGGUCAUCUUUUGGGAAGGCGGGGGCCGCUUUCGCCCUCAGAUGGCGUGGAAAUAUCUCCUGUUAACAGGCCGGCUAGUCUGGGCCGGACCAGCCGGCCCAGCGAGAACCCAGCCUGAAAUUGCAUUAGGAGGUUUGAGUAUUAUCUUCCCAUUUUGAAAUCUCAAGGCGUCGAUUUGUCUUUCCGAUUUCUGAAGAGACCGUUCCCUCGUCAAUACCACAAGAAGAAGCAGUAGGCCUAGCAAUUUAUUUUGGAAAGGAAUCUUCCAACCGCCCCAGUUCAGUUCUGCGUGUUGUGGGACAUCGCUAGCUCUCCCUCUGCCUGGGACCUCUGGCGCUUCACGUACUGACGUAUAGGCUCCUUUACCUGCAGAGCAUCACAAGAAUGAAGACAAACUCUGUACUGUAGCUGUCUAUCUGGAGACCAUCUUCCGCCACCUCUUCUUUUUUUUUUUGCGAAGAUGGUAAGAAUCGAGUAUAAUGAUUGAAAUGAUUCAGUAGAAUGCUACUUAAGAGAGAUGCCUGUUGUAGAGAACGUACUGUGCUCGCCUUCCGGAUCCUCUUAUCCUGCGUGGAGUGGCUGCGGAGGGUUCCGUCAGCUUCGCGGCCGAAGCGGCAACUCGGUCUCCCGUUCUCUCUCCCGGCAGUGCCGCUCUCCAUGGUAGGAAUUGGCUGCGCCAGGCGCCAUUCCGUUAGAUAAGAGAAUAGCACUAGUAACUGUCAACGUUUGAACUGUAUUGACCUCUAGCUUGCUGAUGGGAGUGCCCCCCUGCUCCUGCGGCCUCCCCAGAGUUGAUAGCCCGGUGCGAAUCGAACCAUUUUGAAGCGUGUCCGAUCGUCCUCUAGUGCGGGUGAGCUCGGAACCCAUGGAGUGGAGCGCGGCACAGGUUGAUCCAUCCUUCGGGUUACAGCCUAGCAGUGCCGAGGAAUACCAAGUCCUUGAGAGUAAUUUUUAUUACCAAAAUAGUCAUUUUACCGUUGACUACUCGGGCCAUGAACCAGGGGGGGGGGGGGGGAUAACGUACCGUCUGGUGGGAACUCGAGGCUGUUGAAAUCAAAGGGGUGGCGAACUCUGUUCUCUACUCCCUAUCGAACCCACGAGCCGAUGACGAAUCAAACAAAUGGGGUGCGCGAUUGUAGGAUUUAAAUAAAAAAAGCUUUAUGAUAAAUCGGAUAGAAUGUUACCCCGUUAUUUCUCUCGAGGGCUUUCCGGACCUCGACGAGCUUCCUGUUCGUCGACUCAGAAUGAAUGACGCGCCUGCCUGCAGAAUAUCGUGAACCGUCCUCUCCGUUCACAUAUCACGAACAAGUGUUUUUGCAAAAUAUAAAAAGAUUAGGCAUCACAAAAUAAAGCGGAUAGUCUUCCUAGUAUGCGACUCUACCUAGUCGUUUGUUGGCUGUAUUCUGGAUAAACCCAUCCUCGGCCAUUCUGUCAAUCAGCUUCCUCACCGCGUUCUGGUUGGCUUCUCCGUCUAGCUUGUUCUGAAGCUUUGAUACCGACACGUACUCCAUCGGAAGAGCGUAAUAUAAUGCCUGCAGCGAAUCAGAUGUCCGUUGGCAAUGGAGGCCACAGAGCCAGAGGUGUCAAAUUGCCUAGCUCACUCACCUUCAUGUACAUGUGAUCUUCCCUGAGUUGUUUCUCAGUUGGAGGAACGUCCGGCAUGUCAACCUCUUCCUUGACCUUGGGGAUGUCUUCUUGGAGAUCCUGCCAGUUGCUAUUUUCUUCAGCGAAGGCGAUUGAUAAGAAGCAGUACUAGAGAAAAUCCGGAGUACGAGAGCAAUUCUGCUACCUUCCCUCUGUUUAUGGUGUAUCUAUCUUUACCGGAUUUUGAUAGCAAUCCUUCUAUCAGUAGUUUGUCUAAAAUUUCUGGAAAAACAGAACUGUGUAAGAAAACGGUAACUAAAGAAGUUCAACGAAAUUAUCUCGUAUAUCUUUAUUGAUGCCGGUGGUAGUGGACUUGUUAGUUAGUACCCUCGGUCAAUGCCUGCAAAGCAUAGAUAAAACCAUCAGAAGACUAGAAAGCGAGGUUAUAUUUCUGGGAAUCAAGGAAGCGUGUGAAUUAUUCUGGUACAUGGAAGAAUCUCACAAGAUAUCUUGCAUAAUCAAAAGCAUAAUUCAAUCGGCUACUUUACGGAUAAGUGAACGACUUGUUAGCUGAGAUUUAGCUAGUAAUCACCAGCGAUAUGUCGGAAAAGUUUGAAAGAAUUUCAGAAAGUUCCACAGUGUCCACGUGUCUGGAGGUAAUCCAUUCCCUUAUCCGUGCCGUGCUUUGCUCCUCGUGGUCAACAUCUUGAGUGUCAUCUGCAAGACAGGAUUUUCAAAACAAAGGAAUUUGAAACAAAUAAGAACCAAAAUUAAAUACCGCAGUUUCGUACUAUUCACACCGUUUUGUGAGGUCAUAAUCAGAAUGGCAUUAGUUUAUCAUUUUCUGUCGAAUGUUAGAACGUGAGUUCUGUGGAACAUAGAAGCUAACCUCCCUGAACCGCUGGGGUAUCUUCACAUGGACGCUUUUCACCUGCUAAACCAGUCUCAGCAUUACUCAAUACAGCGCUACAUCACCAAAACCAACCAUAAAGUUGAAAGUCUACCAUUAGGGGCCACAAUGUAUUGGUCCUGCAAGAUGGGAGAAAUAAGGUAAGAAGUUACCAACCUUGUCUAUGUCCGCGUUCGGCAAAACAAAAGGGAAUAUUUAUAGAUAAAAUAAUGAAAAAAAACCAUACAAUGGCAACAGAUUCUGUCUAGAUUUUUUAAUAUUUUAUCUUUUCUCAAAACCAUUUAUCUACGCAUUCCGACAAACAAUUUUAUUUUCUUGAGGGGAUGUCUUGCCUCGCCAUCGGAAGAUGAUGACCCGUCUUCGUGUCCUGAACAGGCUCCCAUGCUUUCUUCUUCAUCGUCUGCAAUAUCGUUGUUCUCAUCUUCACACGGAUCAAGGAUGCUCUUGACCUGCAACGUACACUUCCUUAGACUCAUUCAGUAUGACGAAAGAAUAUAACUCGUCGCUACUACAGCUCACCUUUAGAGCCAACACAACAUGCUUGCUAUUGACAUUUCCAAUCUCCAUUUUCAAAGGAGUUUUUCUCCACAAAUUAUUGGCUUCGUUCUCAGAGCAGCAUCUGAAGAAUGGGGGCUCAUAGUCUUCUGGCUGAGAGUCACUAUAGCUACGUAAGAAACUGUGCAUUUACCUCAUGCGAGAAGUUUUGACAACGUAUUUGGGGGACCAUGAAAUAAUAUUUAUUAAAAAUAAAUUAACAGAAAUUAAGUUAAAAUUAUCAAGCACUGUUAUGAUUCUUGAAAAAGUGUAAAUCGGCAGGAAGAGCCAGAAACAUAUUCUAAAAGGUUCGAUUAAUAGCUCAUUUUUUUUUUGGUCUUCAAGAAUCACAGACAAUCAUUGCCUUCACGGAAAAUAUCUGCUAUCUAGCAAAUGUCCAACUGUAUUUUGUGCAUGAAAAAGAUGAGUCAAAACGAAAAUGUAAACGCUUCGUAAUCUAAUAGAAAGUUUUUCUCAAAGAUUUCUACUUUAAAUAAAAAUCUCAAAGAAAUGAAAGUUUUUCUCAUACCGUAACAUCAUCGUAGUAAAAAAGUUUCAUCAGGAUGGUACGCUGAAGAGAAAGAGGGAUAUGAGGUAGAUUGUUUUAGUCCCAAACCAAAAGGCAUCUCGGUUAAAUGAUUAUUUCCAAGGAAUCAUAUAUUACCUCAUCGGGCAUCUGAUCCAGAGUCCGCAUUAGCUGAACUAGUGUCCGCACCAUCUUGCAGGCAGAACUCCUGCGAUAUGAAUUUUUCCCCAUCAGAACUAUGGCAGCUAUCUCUGCUCUCGAGUAAAAUACACACGACAUUCUGAGGCAGUAGAAUAAAGGAGUAAGAAACCGAUACUGGAUAGAUGAUCAAAGAAAAAGAGAUAAUGCCUCAUUUGAUCUGGAGUGAUCUCAAUGGAAUUUGAUUUAAAUGUCAUCCCCUGCUUCUUGUUCCCUAAUCGAGUUACAUUCAUUGAUACCUCUUCGGUGUCUGAACUAGAGUAGCUGAAAGAAACUGCAACAAAGAAUAGCAUCAAAACAUCUUAAUGCCUCGUAGGGCACUGAACAAAGAGACAAGAAGGAGGAUGUAAGUGAUUUUCUUCAUCUAUUGAGGUACAUUGAGAAACCUCCGUGGUUCGAGUACGUCAUAAGCCUAGAAACAGUCCAAAAUUUCUAAAGAUAACAAUCAUUGAAUCAUAAGGUCCCUAUGUUCGGAACUAGAUUGUGAAAUCGCGAUGGGAAAAAAGUGCGAAGGAACAAGAAGCCAAAUAAUAAUUUUGGCGAUGGACUACCAUCAGUACAAAAUUGAGAACAACGAAAGAACACAUAUAGGAGAAUGAUUCGUCAAAUCGUCGCCCAUUGGAUUAUCUUCAUUAUUACAUGUAAAUGGCAUUCCGAGACUUACAAGAAUAUUCCUCAAUCAUCGGUCCCUCGAUGUUUUCGCAGAUGCAAAACAAAAGCGUCUUCAGAUACUUCUUCUGUAACGCGUCGUAAACACCUGAAUUUAAACUUCGAAUUAAAAAACCGUAAAACAUUAUCUCUAACGGAAAAGGAUUGAAGCAAGUGAGAGCAGUCAAAAGACGAAAACCUUUUUCCAUCCAGUCAAUAAGUCUACGCGAUUCAGUGUCCAUGGGCAUCAACUUCUUAAUUUUCAUCUCUAGUGCAGGAAACGAAGAUGUGGUCAUGAAUGAUUUCUUCCCAGAGGUAAUAUUGAAUGUUAAUAAUCAUGUUCAACGGAGAGAGAAUUGCCUCACCGAGCGCAGGAACCGACUUGUCAUUGAAGUAUUUCUCCGGGAAGAGACCUCUGAUGUAACUGAUGUUGAAGAUCGCUAUCCGAAGAAGAUUCCUAGUCUGAUUCGCCGAAUGAGGGAGACAGGGAAGAAUGCAUGAAGGCAGUGACGUACAUAGAUAGUGAGACACACAGAGAUAGGGGUGUUUUUCUGAGUGCUGAAGAUGGAUUUUGAAUGAAGAACAGAAGUUUUGAGGCAAAUAGGAGCUCAUCAGACAGGUUCACAUGCUUUAAACAUGUGCUCACUCAUGUCUGAGAGAAUGCUGAGUUGGUCUUAUAUCAGAACCAAGUGAGCAGUCUUAAUAUAGAUUUAGAUGCUACAGCAGGGUGCUUCAAAUGAGCAGAUCACCAUGUGAAGUUCCCAUGGGAUGAGAGCCGAUCAGAGAGACAAAAACGUAGAGACGUAAACGAACCAUGGAAUUCCUGAGUAAACUAAAAUUACUUGAAUGAGGAGCAGGAAGGUGUUACCAGGAGCAGAGAAUCUUGCUCGGUGAUCUCUGCUUCUUUCAAUCUCUGUGCAACAACCUGCAGUACGACUAAAAUUAACCAAAAUUGAAGGGCAAUAAAGGAGACAAGUUGCGAGAUAGAUAGUUAUAGAGAUAGAUUGAGACAGAGAUACAUAAAUAGACACAGAGAGACAGAGCGAGAUUUUAGCUACUCACCAUGUCGGUCGGUUCCUGGAAGCGGAGACUCUCACUCCCUUUGGACCCUCGACGAUCAAGAACACAGGAUUAGCAGACAGAUUCGAAAAUAUUUUGAGCGGCAACCGGUGCUUCUAUUUAUACAGGCAUCAGCAUGGUUGCCUCCAGUGGACGACUCAGCAACAGAACGAGCGACUCAUCUCAGCAGGAAAUGACCAAUACACCCUUGUACACCCUGGCUCCUGUUCUGCCAACAAUUUCCCCGCGCUUUUUGUUUCCUCCGUGGCAGCCAUCAAGUAUUUUAAAGUUAUAUAAUUAAAAAAGGUUAUUCAUAUUAUUACCAUUAUAAUAUAAAGCGGGCCAGGCCCGGCUAUCGAUUAGACCUGACAGAUCCAGUAAUGUGGGGCCCGGCCCGACCUGCACCGACACUCUAAACGGCGCUCGUCGGGCCGGGCCCGUCAGGAGUAAUCCCGACCUCGGUUUCAGGUCAUUGUUUCAUAGUGUCAGCGGAGGGAUCCGAGAACACGUAAAACGUGCUGGCGCUGUUUCGCCGACGUGGACUAGUAAUCAGGCCUUCCGUGGUCAGCCGUACCCGGUAGAGUGGGCCAGCCGUCUCUACGUAUCUAUACUCCGAGAAGGAAGAAAGAGAGAGAGAUAGAGAGAGAGAAAUCUCUAUAUAUAGAGAGGGAGAGAGAGAAAGAGAUAUUUAAGAAGAGGGAAGGAAUGUCUGGUUCCGUAGUAGGUUCCUCAUCUGGACGUUUAUGUAGCCUCUCUGGUUCACCUCAGUCUCGUCGCUGGAUAUUUGAUAUGGUGAUGACGAGGCGAGCAUCAUCUUCUUCUGCUACUACUUUUACGUCUUUGCGUGUGCUGCUUCCGCUGCUGCUGCUGCAGUUCCUAUCGGCGCCGCUGUCAGCGGCCUCCGCCUCAGGCAUCCCCGUCUAUCAGCGUUCUCCAGAUGUUCAUCCCCUGUCGCAGAUUGCCAUGCACAAGGUGUCGUUGGCUCUGGACCCCUCCGCCUACGUUAAGGCUUCUCCUCGUCUCCUCGGUCUGCGGGUACUUCUCUAAAUAACUUGUUCCUAAACCUGUGGCCCUUUGAGCGAGUUGAAGCGUUUAAAGUGAACUUGAUUGCAGGGGGAAAAUAUCGAAUGGGUAACAGUGGAGCUCUGGUCCCCAAAUCCAGCCAGUAAUGACUGGGUUGGAGUAUUCUCUCCAGGGAACUUCAAGUAAUCUCUCUUGCUCUCUCCGGAAGAUUUUUCCUGUUCCGUGGGUUGGUUUUACUCGAAUUCUUUCUGAAGUUCUGGGGAGAGUUCACCACCUUGUCUGUGGAGGGAUUGUUUUACAAAUUUUCUGCUCCUUCUGAUAGCUCAUCCGAUUGUUCUGCUCAACAAGAAAAUUCAUGGGAGGAGGCACCUCAUAUUUGCUCGGCACCAAUUAAGGUUCAGUAUCCUCCUAAUUUUGCACGUUCUCUUUUGAUGCGAAAUAGACUGAAAAUGGAGCGUUAUUUUCAUGAAAUAUGCGUCUUGUGACUCUAAUACGAGGCCUGAUGUUUCGCGUUUCAGUACCAAUUUGCAAAUUAUUCCAACCCAAACUACCUGAAGACGGGGAAAAGUUAUCUGAAGCUUCAACUAAUCAACCAGAGAGAAAACUUCGCUUUUGCAUUGUUUUCCGGAGGCCUUUCUAAUGUAUGUAUUCAUCUCUCAAAUGUCUGAUCCAUUUUAUACGUUUCAGUGGAAAUUUAGCCUUCUCUUUACCCCUUCUCUGAAUUGGAAACGGCCCGUCGUUUUAUCUUCAUGUGUUCCAUCUAAACUGAUACAUUGGUUUGGAUGAGCAGCCGAAUCUUGUCGCAGUAUCAAGUGUCGUCAAAUUCGCAAACCCAAAGGCGCCUGUAUAUCCACGUCUUGCUCAAGGAAAGUUAUGGGACGAAGUAAGCCAAUUCAUAUCUUCUUCCUCUUUAUCACGCCUUUGCUCUGCACUUUUUUGCGUGAUUUUCUUCAUAGAUUUAGUUUGAUACAAAGUACUAUAUUGUAGCACUACAAUUGACUUUGCUCAUUUCUGUGAACUAUGGUAUCCCUCCUUCUAAUGGGUAAAUAUCUAUCGAUUAACAUCUCACUCUAUAGCACUAGAGGCCUUUUUGAGCUUUUUUUCCCUUGAAGUUAGACUUGGGCCUAUUCUGAACCAAAGCGUUCGGUGAAAGUGAAGUAAAUUCAGAGGGGAAACAUGAAGUAUAUAGGAGUCUAGGAGAAGGCAACCCCAGGCAAUAGUUGAGUCCAUCAGCUGUCUGAUAAUUUAUCUGGAGGGUUAUCUUUCUAAUGAAUUUAUAUUUUUUUGUAUGGUUUAUUUCCUUAAAUAUUUCCACUAAGUACGCUCUUGUAGACUCCAUAGCAUUUAGGUUCAUCAUCAUUCUUAUACAUCAAUAAUAGGGGAUGAGGAUGGGAAUCCUGUUUAACCAUUCCAUUCUAUGAAAAAUCGUUCUGUGUUAAAUUGAUUAUCAGAAAUCAGGAUGUGAAGGGUAAAAGCAUGACUUGUCUCUGAUCAUGCCCACAUUUCUGAAUUCAGUUUUUUUCUGGCAGAUGACCGUCACAUGGACGAGUGGUUAUGACAUAAAUGAAGCAAUUCCUUUUGUUGAAUGGGGACCAAAAGGAGAACCUCAAACCCGUUCACCAGCUGGAACAUUGACAUUCAAACGUAGCAGCAUGUGCGGUAUGCAUCAUCAUUUAGCUCGUAUUGGGAUGGUUAGGAGCAUUGGAUAACUUUUUCUUUGCAACCAAAUUUCUGUACAUGAACAAGUCAUGAUUCUUCUUAUCAUGAAAAGUAUAAAUAUUUAUUUUCUUCAGAUAUAAAAGUAAAAUCUGUUGAAUUCCCUCACGUUUGCCCCACCGAGUCUAACUUUCCUUAUAUUAAAACUCAUAACUCUAUUUAUAAAUGCUAAUUUGUGACUCAAAACUUAUCGUACUGAGUUUGUCUAACACCAUAUCAUGAAUCUUGUUUCAAUUAAAAUUUUAGAGCAGCUUCUACAUAUGUUAUGUAGAAAUCCAAUUCGUUCAUUUAUUACAUCAGAAUGGACAAAAUCCAUCUAGUUAUUAUAAUUUUCAAGAAUGAGUGGCCAACGUCCAGCUAUAUGUACUUCCCCCUCGAUUAAUUUUUUUAGUCAUGAUCUACCAAACUUUGAAAAUGACGAAUGCUUCUCUGAGCGUCAUUCAUGAUGGUAAACUUCAGAUUUUACAAGCCUAGGAUCCUUUAAAUAUUUUAUUUUAAAUUUCACACCAUUUAUUGGUGGGCUACUACCCAUAAAUAAGCUCAAUCUUUGAUGAACCCGAUCACUAUCAGCAUGCAGCGAAAUUUUAUUUGGGCCUUGUGUCUGUCUGUAAAUCAUGAAACUAUAUAGACGGUGAUGCACAAUAGAAAUGAGGCGGACACUUUAUUGAAUCUGCGUCUUAUGGUAUGAAGAACUACUUGAAAUUUAUGUUUUUUUUUAUCAAGCUCAGCCGAUCCGUAAGUAGCCAAUUGUAAUUUCUCAUUUGCAGGCGCACCAGCACGCACCGUUGGAUGGAGAGACCCAGGUUUCAUACACACAAGCUUCUUGAAAGACCUCUGGCCCAACAAAGUGUAUGGAAGAUCAAAGAUUGCUAUUUUUGGCAGUACAACGCAUAAAGUAUUUAGACACAAUCCUAACCUACUUAAGUGGAACAGGUAUACCUACAAGCUUGGACAUCAAACUUUUGAUGGAUCCUAUGUCUGGAGCAAGGAAUAUUCUUUCAAGGCAUCGCCUUACCCGGGGCAAGAUUCCUUGCAGCGAGUCAUCAUAUUUGGUGACAUGGGAAAGGCGAGACUUUACUCCUUUGAUGAAUUUUUUUUGUUUAUAUUAAUCUGGUGACAUUUCUCAGCUCAUUCUUUCAAAUGGUAGAUAAAACGUGAUGAUGUUCUUCCUCAGGCCGAACGCGACGGUUCUAACGAGUACAGCAACUAUCAACCAGGCUCCCUGAACACCACUGAUCAGCUUAUUAAGGACUUGAAAAAUUUCGACAUAGUUUUCCACAUAGGAGACAUGUCUUAUGCAAAUGGGUACCUCUCACAGUGGGACCAAUUCACAUCACAGGUGGAACCCAUUGCGUCGACCGUGCCUUAUAUGACUGCCAGGUCUGUCUGAUCCUUCACUGUGUUAAAGCUAAUAAACGCCAUUGAAGAUGAACUUGUAGGGUUUUUCUUUGGGUUUCUUUCACUCUUGUCAUCUUGCUGCGCUGCAGUGGAAAUCACGAGCGAGACUGGCCAGGGUCAGGAUCCUUCUAUGAUACGAUGGAUUCGGGUGGGGAAUGCGGGGUGCUGGCAGAGACCAUGUUCUAUGUUCCUGCAGAAAACAGAGCCAAUUUCUGGUAAAUUCAUUAUUUACUUAUAUACACUUUGUAUAUGAUAAUCUUAAUAAGAAAUAAAUUAUCUAUAUAUAUAUAUAUAUACAUAUAUAUUUACACAAGGGUAGUUUUGAAAAAAAUUACAAACUACAAUCAACCUUGCGAUCAGAAAUUGAGAAUAAUCUAUGGUAAUGUCCUAUCAGGUAUGCUACAGAAUAUGGUAUGUUCCGCUUCUGCAUUGCCGACACUGAGCAUGAUUGGAGGGAGGGUUCCGAACAGUACAAAUUCAUAGAGCACUGUCUUUCGACAGUCGACAGGCAGAAACAACCGUGGUUGAUAUUCGCUGCCCAUCGUGUUCUUGGGUAUUCAUCUGAUUACUGGUAUGCUCGAGAAGGUAGCCUUUCGGAGCCCAUGGGAAGGGAUAGCCUGCAGAAGCUCUGGCAGAAGUACAAGGUGGACAUUGCAUUUUAUGGUCACGUUCACAACUACGAGAGGACUUGUCCAAUCUACCAGGUAUGCAUGAACUGUAAUUAUUCAAAUCACCACGUUGACUUUUAUCCAUUAUUUUUUUCAAUUGGCACCUCAUGAGAUUAGACCAUGUAAAAUUUGUGUACACGGGCACUAAGAUAAUUUUUUAUAUUGACUAAGAUCACGGAAGCUCAACGAUUGCUUCUUACGCUAUUCAAUGACCGAUGAACAUCGUAGAAAUUCCAAGAUGGUUGCUUCUGGAAAUCAGGACUUGCCGAAUAAAAACUUUGGUGAUGGGCAAAUUUCUCUGCUUGCAUUGAAUUAUAUUUUCCGAGUCUAAGAUUUUACCCGAAUGUAAAUCUAGAAUACGAAUUCUGGCAUCCCUCUUGAGGUCAGCCGAAUGCAAUUUAUGAUGGGAUUGGGAGCUUUCAUUGCUUUUGCAUGAAAAUCAUCAAAGAUCUUCCUCAUGUUCUUGCUGUUGCUGUGCCAUUCAGAAAUAUUUUCCUACCCUAAAACUGAAAGUGAUGAACAUCCGCUUGAGAUUUGGUGGAUGUGAUAAGAUUGCGAAUCUUACUGCUUCGCAUGCCAAUCAGCCACCAUCAGACCCAUAUUCUUGUUCUUGUGCCAAUAUAAAAUAUGAAAUAUGAAAUAUUUUUUCCGAUUCAAACUUUCCAAACUGUUCUGCCGUAUUUUCAAAAAGUCAACGAAAGUUUUUGAUCAGUAGCUUCAUGCACCCCGUGAUUUGAUAGCGUUGUUUAGUUCUUGACCGCUAGCUCCAUCCCCCUCAUUAUCCUGCAGAACCAGUGCGUGAACGAGGAGAAGUCCCACUACUCGGGGGUGGUCAACGGGACGAUCCACGUUGUCGUCGGCGGCGGUGGUAGCCACCUGUCGACCUUCAGCACCAUCCAGACCAGCUGGAGCCUCUUCAAGGACUAUGACUUCGGCUUCGUGAAGUUGACCGCCUUCAACCACUCCUCCCUUCUGUUCGAGUACAAGAAGAGCAGCAACGGCAAGGUGUACGACUCCUUCACCAUCUCCAGGGACUACAGAGACGUCCUCGCAUGUGUCCACGAGGGCUGCUCCCCCACCACGCUGGCCAGCUGAGUUUCACCCCCCUUCCUUCUACCUCUCCCUCUCCCUCUCCCUACUCCGUCAGGAGAAUUCAGUUUGAUGCUUCCUACAGCGAAUAAGUGAAGCCGAAAUCCCAGAUCAGGCGUCAGCGAUAGAGUCGGAUAUCUGUAUGGUAGCAAGCCACUAUUGAGCGUUGACCUACUAGAGCCGUGAAUCUGGGAAGAUUAGCCAAGGUCUACGAAUCAAUAAAUGUUAUAAUGGGUUGCUGUUGUAAGAGGAUCGAGAAGGAUUCAAGUGGAUGGGUCAAUUUAUCUAUUGAGAUUGAUUAGAAACGAUCCUAAAUUAUGACUAAGUUUGGCCAGAACAAGGUGAGCUGACUCUUGUGUUGACUAAGACUCGUAGAAAGGGCAUUUAGUCAACAACUAGAAGAAAAAUAAAUUGCUUCACUCCUUUUUGAGUAAUAAUCAUCGGAAUACCAUAGAAAUGUGUGACAUCUUUCAAAGUCAACCCUCCUAUUCAAAAGGGUCAAAAUCAUUGGAAUACCACUCAUCUUGUCAUAUUGCAAAUUAAUGAGGUGGGAAUUAUUUCAAAAAAAGGGAAUAACUUUGUGUACACGUGCCCUGGGACCCUCAAACGGGUCGGGCCUGAAGAUGAGGUGAGUUUCGGGGCGGAUUCCUUUGAAUCCCCAGGCCCCACAUUUUGGCAUGCAACCAUGCGACGUGGAGAGCGAGAGAUGGAGAGCGAGAGAGAGAGCAAGAGAGAGAGAGAUGGAGAGCAAGAGAGAGAGAGGGAUGGAAAGCAAGAGAGAGAGAGAGAUGGAGCGUGA